UCAUAUCCUGAAAUUCAAGUCGUCGGCCUUGAGGAUUCCCGGCUAUAAAUGUUGAUGUAGUGAGGGCUGGGAAUCAGUUUGACACAGUCAGCCACUGGAGCUUGGUUCAGACUAAGAUGCUGCAGGCGUUGGGUCACGUGACCCUUGCAUUGCUGGCAACGGUGGUUUAUAUUGGACCAGUGUUCGCAAAUCAGCUGACCGUGAAAUCCUUCCUGGUUCGCUCUCACAUCCGUUACCGGUUUGCCUCCACCGUAGUCGCAAGCACCGUCAUCAACGACGAUGGAACACAGAGCCGCGAGGCAGUGUUUGAAGUUAUGUUGCCUGAGGAAGCCUUUAUCUCCAACUUCUCCAUGACUGUGGAUGGAGAGGUGUACGUCGGUCGCGUGGAGGAGAAACAAAAGGCCUUGACAUCCUAUCAACAGGCCAAGGACCGCGGGGAGAGUGCUGGCUACAUCAAAUCAACUGCGAGACAUUCAAACAAGUUUGACGUGUCGGUGAACUUGAAGCCUGGAAGUAGUGUGACCUUCAAUCUGACCUAUCAGCAGCUGUUGCCACGUUGCAAGGGCAUGUAUGAACAGAGAAUUCACGUGAACCCGGGUCAACUGGUGCGUGAGGUGAAGGUUGAGGUCUUCAUCGAGGACAGCCGGGUCAUCACGGCAGCGACAGCCGAGUUUCCAAGUGAGGAAAACAGCAAUGUGUUGGUGGAGAUGCCAGUGUCCGUAUCAUCACCAAGUCCUAACAGCCGAUACAUCGUAUACAACCCGUCACGUGACCAACAGAAACGACUUGGCCAGAACGGGGUCAACAAGGAAAUGCUUAUCAAGUAUGACGUGGAGAGAGAUCAGAAUGGAGGGGAGGUUUUGGUAGUUGACGGGUACUUCGUUCACUUCUUUGCCCCCGAGAACGCUGGUGAAGACAUCCUCCCGGUCCCCAAGGACAUACUGUUUGUCCUUGACAUCAGCGGUUCAAUGUCAGGAACCAAGAUAGCGCAACUGAAGGCAGCCAUGACGGUUAUUCUUAAAGAGCUGAGCAAAACCGACAGGUUCAACAUUUUCCUCUUUGAUGACAGACUUAAGAAAUGGAAGACGGCGCUUGUCCCUGUUGAGUCGAGUACCAUCGAUGAAGCACUCGACUAUGUUAGUCGACUGGAAGCGGAGGACUCAACUAACCUGAACAUGGCCUUGACCGACGGCAUUUCCUUCAUGCUGGAAGAAAGGUACAAGGAGCACACGCCUGUGAUGUUCUUCCUCACAGACGGUCAGCCCACGGUUGGCAUCAAGGACCCCGGCUCCAUUGCUAAGAAUGUCGAACGCCUCAAUGAGGAUGUUGUGUCUCUGUUCGGACUGGCGUUUGGUAAUGGAGCUGAUUAUGACCUGUUGAAGGUGGUCUCCGCCCAGAACAGCGGUUUUGCUAGGAGAAUAUACGAAGCUGCCGAUGCAGCUGAUCAGGUAGAGGGAUUCUAUGAUGACAUUUCCACCACUGUGCUACGGAACUUGAACAUCAAAUAUCUCAACGGCACAGUCGAUCCCGACACCCUGACGACGACGGUCUUCAGGAACGUUUUCAGGGGCAAUGACGUGGUCGUAGCCGGUCGUAUGAGUGACUUCAUCAAUACCUUGAUUGGUGCUUCACUGACUGCAGACAUCGGCACAGGAAAAUUGAAUGUGGUUCUGGAUAACCACAGCACACAACCCAUUGAGCCAUCGACAAACAACCCCUAUUUUACUAUUCCAAUGGACUUCGCGUCUGUUAUUGAAAGGAGCUGGGCAUACCUGAGGAUCAAGGAUCUGCUACUGCAGAAGAGGAAGGACGAGUAUAAGAACGAGAAGUCCGAUGUUGACCGGAAGAUUACGGAGUUAGCCCUCAAAUAUAAUUUUGUCACUCCUCUGACGUCAAUGGUGGCAACGAAGCCAGAGCAACAGGCAACAAAGACGAACAUACGCGGCGACGAUUACAAGAAGGAGAGGCCCGUUCAUCGGUCACAUCAAAAGGCGUAUGACCCACAAGCAAGUGUACCUCGCUUUAACUCCAUGCUGAGUCGCAAGAUCGACAACCCUGCUGUAGCUUCCGGAAUACCAUUUGGAACACAAUCUUUCCCUUCUGGAAUACCAUCUGGACCACAAUACAACGGUUUGGGGGGCAAUGGAGGAAUCCGACUCUACCAAAGAACUAGUCGCCGGAGGUCAAAGGGCAAACGAAAGAAAUCAAGAGGAAAAUCACGGAAGAGAAAUAUGAGAUGCAAAAUUGUUAAAAUGUUUUUGGACGGUUUUGGGACGACAACAGACAAACAGAUGUGUUCAAGAACACACAGAGCUCAACCAGGAACAUUCCAGAUCUACCCAGCACCAUCCACAAUACCGACUGAAUCUAACAUAUACGUGCAAGCGACUCUUAAGCGAGUAUCCUCAAGGGUGUUGCUACAAGAGAUCAACAUCCUCCUGAAAGAUGCCAACAUGACCUACAAAGUCGUGAUGAACACGUCCGACGUCAACUCCAGGGUAUGGCGGACGCCGGACACGCCCACAGGCCAUGUGACAAUCCACAAGCAGGCGAAGUGCAGGCGAACAGUGGGUGUUGCAAGAUACUUCAUCAUGGUGCAUCUGACACAACCCGCGGGGGCGGGGUCAGGGUCAGCCAGAAGAAAUAAGAGGGACAUCAAAGGAAAGAUAAGGAGAAAACUUAGGAGAAAUCUUACAGCACAGGUGUGCGGAGCUUCCUCCAGGGUGGAAAAACUCAACUCCAAGAGUAAGAGACUGAAGGGGACCGGGUACCUGUUCCAGUCUGCCCUUGUCGUCAACUUGUAAAUGGGGAGGACCACGUACUGCUGGCAUCUUUUCACAUAAAUAAAUACUUGAAGGACUUUUGUGAGGUCUAGGUGAAGGAAGCACCCAUGAAGUGUUUGGAAGUAGACUUCUGUGUCUUCUGAUACCUCUCUGCGUUGAAAUCGCAGAACGCAGAACCCCUCCAUAAGAAGUGGGGUCAGGUGAACUAUCUAAUCAGACAAUAAGCAUCGAGGCAUUUUAUUCAAGAUGCGGUGAGCGAAGCAUUCAGACCAGAUUAUCCUAUGUAUGUCGACCAGUUCGAAAUGUAAAUAAUAAAGGCCACGUCAUUAUAUUGUUGUGAAUUUUUUAUACACAAUAUCGUUUCUGGGCGCAAUGGUAUCUCGCACAAAAGGGAGUACUCUCGAAGGAAUAUUUAUAUUCUGUGUGGUUUUCUUUUGAUAAGUUCAAAAUUAAAGACAUGAAGCCGCAUUGUUUUAGAAAGCUAACAUCUGAUUGGCUCAUCAAUCUGAUAGGCAGUUAAAGUUUGCUUAGGGUUCGCCUGAACCCACCUACUGCGGAUGGGUUGAAAAAUCUACACAUAGGGAGGUAUUGUAUCGGAGUAAAAGGACUUUUAAUAUGAUAGGUAUUCCUUGAAAGGAAGAUUAGAAUACGGAUUAUAGAACUAAUGUUUGCAAAUUGAAAAAUGAUGAGACAGUAAUAGCUGAUGAAAACAUUACGAGGUCAGAUUGAAAGAAUUGUUUUUGUGUGUACCUGUCGGAGGGACAUAUUUAGAAGUUCAUUUCUUUAGGACAUAGUCGGAAUCGUACAAUAGUCUUUGACUUUAGCACCGUCAAUCAUUAUAGGAAUGGUUUUGUCGCUUUUGUCAGAAAAUUUAGCAAAGUGAAUUUUCCAUCAUGCUAACGCCCAGGAAUAAUGGAAAUGUUUUUUGCAGUCGUUGGGGAAUUUAAUUUCUUCGGAAUCAUCAGCAAAAAGAUUGCUCCCAAACGGCCUUUGAAGAAAUGGCACCUUAUCAUUUGUAUGUUAACUAGCCUCCACAACAUUAUAUUGACUUGAUAUUCUUGCCUUUAUAAUGCUACUCAUAUUUAUGCUUAUUCAACCUCUCGGAUGUUACACGGUAUUGUUAUUACUUUGGCAUCUCCGAUGUACUGUUUAGACCUCCAUAUCUUUUGUUUACUGUGGCAGUUUUGUACACACGCCAACACAAUAUACCUGAAGAGUCAGCGCGUACAGCAUGUCACUUCACAGUGUGACAACGUAUGAAGAAAGACAAACUAUUAAUAGGCUCAGAUACAAAUAAAAAAUCAUAGUAUCAGUAUUAAUAAAAUGCAAGUGAUACAAUGUCGGUUGACCAUAAAAGAUCAUAAUAAAAAAAUAUGGCCACGCCGACAAUUACUGUUUCGGCAUUAGCGGAUUUUAGACUGGGCGGUGUUUAUUUAAUGGUUAUCGAUGUAAUUGAUUUCUUAUCGUUGUCUACUGUUUUUUAUUUUAAUGAUUAAAAAAGUAUUCUGUGAA